CCCUAUUUAUAGGUGUAUAUGGGAGAGGGAAAUCUUUCCAGCAAUCCUUCCGAGCAAGCUUCCAUUCCCAUUGCUAUGAACUUUCCCAGCUAUCUCGAAGAAAUCUUUUCAGAUAUUCAUUUGUCUAAUAGUUCCUUCCUAAAAGGUUUGAGAUGCCUCUUGGAAGAAGAUGGUGGAAUAUCCCUACAGAAGCAAGUCGUGAAAGUGAGGAGAGAAACGAUUGCGGCACACAUGACUUGCCCUCUUUGCAGUAAGCUCUUAAGAGAUGCCACUACCAUUUCCGAAUGCCUUCAUACGUUUUGCAGGAGAUGCAUUUAUAAGAAGCUCUCAGAUGAGGAGACAGAAUGUUGCCCAAUAUGUAACAUUGAUUUAGGCUGUGUCCCACUUGAAAAACUGAGGGCAGAUCACAAUUUGCAAGAUGUAAGGGCUAAGAUUUUUCCAUAUAAGCGACGGAAGGUGAUAGUGCCUGAAGUUUUACCUUCAGUAAUGUUGCCUGCGAAGAGAAAAGAGCGAUCACUUUCUUCCGGUUUUGAUCACUUUCUUCAUAUAAGCAUAUUUUUAAUUUUACUGUUUGCUUGAUUUUUAUUUUUCAUGAUCAGCCUGUUUAUUUUUUUGUUGGUUACUUUUAUUGGUGCAAGACUUUUGCAUUAGGAUUGGGUGAUGGGAGGUCGGAUUUAACCACCGUUGGCUCAUUUAUGCCCAUUAUAGGAUCAACGAGUUAUAUUGCUUUUUUGGAGGUGAUUGACUCUAAGUUUGGUCCGAGGGCUGACGGUUGCCUGUGGUCCUUUUGUCGUUUUACCCCUUUUUUGAAUGUUGUAAUAGCAAUUUAAGCCAUCCGUUUUAACGAUAAAAAUAACUAGACUAUUCUUCUCACAGAUAAAUAUAGAGUACUUUUAGACAUCUUACAAUCCUUCUCUAUCAAUAAAAUUAAAUAUCCACUCUCUUAAUAUGCAAAUUAGUGUAUUUGUUCUGUCAAUCAAGUGUUUGUUGACAAUUUAGGAACCAUCAAUAUAUUCACCCUACAUAUAUUUUGUACAUAAAAUAAAUAAACUCUAUCUUUUUUUAUAAAUAAUGUAUUCGCGGAAAUAUUUUAUGAAUAAUAAGAAUUUAAAAAACUGCAUAUUUUGAUGUAAAGUAUUUAAAUCUCACAAAAAUAUUGAUUUACCUCUUUUUUAUUGUAUUUGGAAUUUACAAAAAAAUAAAAAAUAAAAACUAUUGCACGGAGUUAUUGAAGUAAUUGAAUAAAUUAUUUGGUAAAUUUUUCAAUAACUUUUUUUUUACUUGGACUGAAAUUUGUUGGUUUGGUCUGAACUGGUUUGGUAAAUGUCUGGUCUUUGCGUAUUUUAUAACUAUGGAAGUCUAGUUUGGUUUGAUCUGUUUAAGUGUGGUCUAGUCUGGUCUGGAAGUGAAAACAGUCCAAGUAAAAAUAUCUUAUAAAUGAUACUGAUGCAAGUGUUUUAAAACUUUUCUCAUGCACUGUUUGUGCCUUUGCCUUUGGAUUUUGCUUUUGCUGUCUGCUUUGGAACCAUGAAUAUGGGGUGAGGUUUUAGCCCAUUUUAGCCUCUCCCGAUAUAAGUGUUAUACAGAAAAUGAGGGAUGGAUCCAAAUGUGAGUUUUUGAGCUAUUUAAUAUCGGGUUGCAAAUGGCUUUAUGGCGAAUGUACUACUUGAUGUGAUUUUUCUGCUGAUGGCUUUGCUGACCCGAGGUAGUAGAAACCAAGAGGGAGAGACUGAAAAGUGCUAAGUAUGGAAUGAGUAGGAAAUUUGGCAGAGUAGCAUUAAACUUGUGUGUAAGAAUGACGAUCUCUUUCUACAAGUUGGAAGAUGAUAUUUAUAGUGUAAUACUUGGGCAAUAUAGUAAAAUAUAUUUGAUCUAAUAAUACGAUGACACGUGUAACGGUUGAUUGGUAAGAGAACCGGUAUAGUUGACUGAUUGGUACUGUAGAUAACUGAAUUGAUUCCCUUUUGUACUGGAUUGCGUAAGGAAGCCACAUGUGUAAGCCUAGAACCUUAUGCGCAUAACCGCCUGGGUGACGUCAGCACUGACCAGUUGUCACGCUGGUGGCGCAGUCAUAAUUUGUUAUGCAGAACUUGAGCCAUGGGCUUUGCGGAGUGGAGCUCGGGGGUAGUGUAUUAGUUUAGGAGGGUGACCUCAGCUUGCCAAUAAUGUUUCCUUUGACUCUUUGACUCGGUGAAGCGUUAGUUGACCUUAAGCUUGAUUCUGAUGGUGAGCUUUGUUGUUUGACCUUGGUUGGCGGUGAGCUCAGCUUGAGAUACAGUUUUGGACUUAUCUUGAUGAUCUGAAGUCUGAACCGACUUUGAGAACUGACCUCGGCAGGCUCGGCCUCAGCGGGAAAUGACUUAGUGAUUUCUGGGGAUCAUUUAUUCGCGAAUGUUGAUACCUCUGGGGUAGAUGGGAAUAAACUCCAUCAUGAGUCUCCACUAUGUGAAGCGAAAGUAGGGAUUCCCAUGAGUCCUGUUUUUAUACUCUAUGGGUAUAUGAGAAUAUACUCCAUCAUGACCUUUCUAGCGCCAUAUUGGCGUGAAUGUUUGUACAUCCAGGCUCGGAGUCAGGUUGGGAGUCGGAUUCUGGCUUUAAUUUUGAGUUUUGGGCUCGGUUUGAGUCCCAAUAGCUCGUUUUUAAGGUUUUCGCCUCUCUUUGCUUUACAUGUAACUGUUUAGCGAUGUUGUCUGAUUCCGGUUCUGCGGAUGUCCUCGCAAGACGUGACAAUGGCCAGGUGGAGAGGGACGUUGGUGUGCAAGAUGGUGCCGCCUCCGUUGCGGAUGUCCAGCCUUUGCGGGCGAUUCUGGGUCCCUCACAUAGGAAACACAAAUCCUUUAGCAAGGAGUUUGGGGAGAUUGACACAGAUGGAUUGGUGGUCCCCACGUGCGACCUUAACGAUAAGGAAUGGCUUCAUGCACGACGCCUGGUCGGUCCAACAGUUGCACCAUUCUGAGGCCAGUUCCGAAUAACACUGUGGCGGACUGCCCUAGUUCGUUCUUCACUGUCUACUAUAUGGCUUUGGAGAAUGGAUUUCGUUUCCCCCUCCAGCUCUUCGUGGUGGAGUAUUUGGACUCUGUCGGGCUCCUACUCUGUCAGCUCACCCCCAACAGCUUUUAUUUUUUAACACUGCCUUCCUCCUACGUUGCAAGAGGACUGGGGUGACGCCUUCCGUUGAGUUCUUCCGGUACAUGUUCAACAUUGGGUGCAGUCCCACACCGUUAUGUCGCAGGCACCCAAUAUGAGUGGGUUCAGCAAGCUGCCGUCGUCGUACCAUGACUGGAAGACGAAGUUUGUCUUUAUCUGUACUGACGAGGUGAACGAGUCCCCCUUUAGUGCUCCAGGGGGUUCCAAGUUCCGUCGCCAUUGUGUGGCGAAAUUGGAUUAUUUCGGAGGUACCUGUGAGCUGUGAGUAGUAUCUGCUGCCUGGUGUGUACGAGAUUGCCAACUACCUCGCUGAAGAGGCUUUGGAGGAUGAAUUGGACUUCAUCCGGUAUAAGAAGGGGCAUCAAUUCUCUGAUGGGGAGGCUAGUUCUGAGGAUGAGGAUCUUAAAGAGGCCAUUUCUGCUUCCUUGGCCAAUGUGGGUGGGGUCCAUGUUGAUGAGCAUAGGGUAGCUGUUGGUGAUGGGGGGGCCUCUGGUGCCCAUGCCUCAGAGGAUUUGAAGGCGGAUGCUUAUAUGUCCCCCUCAAGGCAUGAGUCUGCCAGUGAGAAGGAUGAGGUUUUUCAUAGGAGGGAAAGGGCGAGGGUGUCGCCUGUUAGGGGAGAGAAUGAGUGCUUCUCUGCCAACCUUAAGCCCCCAGGGGGGUAUGGGUUCUUUCAAGGAGAUGCUCUCCAAGCUUGAAGGCGGAUGCUUAUAUGUCCCCCUCAAGGCAUGAGUCUGCCAGUGAGAAGGAUGAGGUUUUUCAUAGGAGGGAAAGGGCGAGGGUGUCGCCUGUUAGGGGAGAGAAUGAGUGCUUCUCUGCCAACCUUAAGCCCCCAGGGGGGUAUGGGUUCUUUCAAGGAGAUGCUCUCCAAGCUUGACAAGGAGGUGAGGGGGUCUCUGCCUGCUCAGGAGGUUAAGGCUCCACCUUCCCAUUCUUCUUCUUCCUCCUCUGAACCCUCCAAGGAUGAUGGAGGGGUUCCUGAUGUUGGUGUCAAUCUGGAUGCUGAGGUUGCUGCUGAUGUUGCCCCUGAAGUACUACCGACUAUGGUCCUUUAUGAGGACCCUCUGGCCUCCUUCCCUGCUGAAAUGGGUGCUGCCGUUCCUUCUCCUCAGCAUGAGGCUGUUGCCGUGCAGUCUGAAGAGGAGGAAGAUGAUGAGAACUUGGCUGUCCCUGUGGAUGCUGAUGGUGCUCAGGGUCAGGCUGAUGUUGCUCCCCCUCCAAAUACUGAGGGUGCCCCAGAGGGACAAGCCGCUGUUGAUGCUAAUGCCCCUGUUCCAGAAGGAGAUGAUGGGGGGCCUGUAGGUGAGGAAUCUGGCACCCAACACUUUCGUUUUAGUCUUCCUAGGGGUUGCAGCUUUAUGAAGGAGAGCGUUGUAUCUAUGAAGUUCAUGGAUGCUAUCUCCCUGGCCACUGACAGAAAGAUCUUGAAGAAGAUGAGCAACAGGGACCUGGCGGAGGAGUGUGUCAGUGCUGCUCUCAGGACUGCAUUCUGCAGUGAUGAGCUUGGCACUAGGGCCAUAGACUUCGAGAGGAAGUAUAAUGCCCUCUCUGGUCAGUUCAAGGCGUACGACCAAGAUAUUGCCAAGGCCUUUCAAGAGAGAGAGGCUGCUCAGAAGAAGUGUGAGGGUCUCCAGGCUCAGAUGGAUGAGCUGAAGUCCUAUCUGGACAGGGCCUUGAAGACUGCUCAGGGUAGCCUUGAACUCCAGCUUGAGGCUGAGAAGAGGGAGCUGGAAGCCCUGAAUUGCAUCCAGGAACUUCAUUCAUCAAAUGAGGCCCUGAAGGAUGAUUGUGCUCUUCUGAGGAAGACCCUGGAAGUUGUCAGGACAGAGAGGGGGGCCCUUGCGGAUAAACUUGCCUUUGUUGAGAUGAAGCUUGUCAAUGUGAGGAAUGAUCUCUCAACUGCUCAUGAUAAGGUUGAUGCUGCUGCCAAGUAUUUGGAAGAAGCGCAACAACGUGCGAGGGAUAUGACUGCUGGUUGACACUGAUGGUCGAGGGGGCUCCAGGAGAUGAAUUGGUGGAGCAACAACUAUAGAAGCAGAAGAGAAAGAGAAAAGAAUAGAUCGCCCUGUUCCCUAUGAUUUUGAUUUAUUGGCCUGUGUGCAUGAUCUGUGCUGUUGAGCCAUGUACCAAACACUGAAACACAUCACACUUGAAAAUUUCGAAAUGCAUGUGAUGUUGAUAUAUGUGAUUUCCUUUGUUG